AUGGCAGCAAGUGGCAAGACCCGGAGUUUUGGAAGAAAGAAAACAGAAGGGGAACCUGAAGAGAGAGCCCCCCACCCUCUGGUUGCUCUGGCACAGUCGCUGGUGCCUCUGGCCUCCCGCAGCCCCCCGGGCACCGGCUGGAGGGCUCGGUUCUGCCACGGGCGGCAGCAGGUGCUUCAGUUGUACAGGCAGAUCCUGCGGGCUCUUCGCGACGGCCCCGCCGACGCCGAUCGCCGCUACUUAAAGGACUGGGCCAGGGAGGAAUUCAGAAGAAAUAAAGACGCGACGGAAGAGGAUGCCAUCAGGAUGAUGAUUACCCAAGGCAACAUGCAACUUCGGGAACUUCAAAAAACACUGAAGCUGGCAAAAUCCUGAUCUUAAUUUUGAUGCUAGCCGGACUUUUCACCUGCUGCAAACAAGCACAGUAUUUUUUCCCGAACGUGGUUAUAGCAGCAGCCUUUGCUGGCACCCUGGUAAUGUCUGAAGGUGGAAUCUGCCACAGUGGGGUUUUGGGGGUUUUUUUGCCUUUCCCCUUCCCCUUCUCGGUUUGGUUACCCUCCCACGUGGAAAUCACUCGGACACAAGGGACUUUAAAGAACUGAAUGGAUGAUGUAGCAUGUGCUGUGGGAAAAGCAGGAAGCACCAAAAAUUACACCACCAGUGUUGUGCCUGGGAAAUGGAAAAUAAAUACAAGCCGGGUUAUUAUUUUGUCUGUUUUCUGUUGUGAAAACUCCCAAGUGGUAACAUUGAUAGUGGUGACAGCUCUUCCUGUACUAUGCCAAGGAUUUUUACCAACACUUGGGAUUAAAAAAGCAUUUGGGAUAAAUAAAUGGGCCCAAAACAAAUAAACAUGAUAAAACAUUAAGAAAAUAUUUUGUGUCUAGACACUCAUUUUCAGUUACAGCUGAAUAAAACUUAAAAGGGGAGGUCUUUCCAUAUGAAAGCGAGAGAUUUUAGCCCCAGAAAGAGUUAUUACCAAAUUAACAGGUACCUUCAAGUUAGUAUUUAAAAGUCAAUAUAAAGUAGGAUUACAAAGAGAAGCUACUGCAGUCUGGUUUGCCAAAUGUCGUAUUACCUGACUUUGAAUUGUUAGCCUGCCUCUGCUCUUGCCUCCCUGUGAAUUGCAGAGGGAUUUGGGGGUUUGGUUGGUGGUUGGUUU